UUUCGUAAAGAUGUAGAAAACUGUAGUGGCGAAAGUUAGAAAUAUAUUAAAUUUCUUCUGAAUUAAUUAUUAAAUUGCGUACUCUGUUGUAUAUUUAACUAAGUUGCUAGAGAAGGUAAUUCAUUAUUUUUAGGAAGGACAUUCGCAGCUACGUCGAUAGAAAUCGUAUUUGUUGUGUUUGUAUAUCCUGAUUUAUAUCUAGUUACUAUAUCUACUUUCGGCAAGUAGAUUUAAAGAAAUAUUUGAUCAGAGACCUCGCUUGAAAGUGUCUAUUCGCUACUGGUAUUUUUUAUAUAUUUAAUGUUCAUACAGGACAUGUAUCUGCACUUAAAUUAAGAAGUGACUGAAUGACAAGCCGAGUAUUCUUAUCUUACGAAGAUUUAAAACCACAUCACACAAAGGGGCCACAGUUAACGCAGUGAUUAGUCAUUCGAACAGGACAUUAAUUAAAUUAACUUCGUAGACACAGCGAUUUUAUAAAUUUACACAAUGUUUUCAUUUGCCAUAUCUUUGUUGAUUUAUUUUUCUUGUUGCAGUGAUGAAAGCCGUGUAACAUCUGACACAAAAAUUUAAACGUUUCAUGCUGAGGGUGAAAUUCUAAACCACAAAAAUGCCUGAGCUAGGAACAGUGAUGCGAGCGAUGGAAUUGCAGCGACUGAUUGAAGACAAAGUGUCGGAGUGGCGAGAGAGGUCAGCUCGGGUCGCGGGUACAAGUGUGGCCGACUCUUAUCAGCAACCACUCAACUUCAAACGACACAAGUAUAGACGCAAAAACAGCGCUGAAAUAAACAGAAUUAUCGCAAAAUACUCGAAAGUGAAAAGGACAGACGAACGACACUCUGUGUUGCAGACGUAUCCAGAAGAGCCGCCAGUCCCUCCCGCCAGGCUAAAGAAGGUACGAGGCAAGUUUUCCAAGAGCGAAGACAAUCUUGCUUAUAUUUGUGUCAUGGACGAACGUCCCGUCGCAAUAUCUCAAGAGAAAUCUCAAUUCAAUGUCUCUAAAUAUAACACAAAAAGCUGCGAGGACAUAAAUGCUUUUGUCGAUGUUGCACGUACAAAGAAAAGUAAGCUAUUUGAGGAGAAAAGUAUUUUGAAUACGAAAGCCACCCCCGUUAUGAGGCCAAAACUACAUAGUAUUAGUGAAGAUAUUCUAGAUAUAUCUGAUUUCGGUGAUAGCGGUGUUGAUUUAAGACCGAGAAAAAACUUCGUGACCUCUACUCCCUUAUCAAACAGGAAGACAUGUCCCGUUAGUGAUUCUGUGUCAGUGAUUGAUUUUGAAAAGUGUUCAAGCAGUGUCAGUGAUUUAAAAAAAGGUAGUUCCGAACCAGAUAUUGCAAAUAGCAAUUCUGUGGACUCGUCUAAGACUUUGGAUGCUAAAAAACGCUGGAGUCUUCUUAAACCGUUGAAGCCUACAUUUCGAAAGGGAACUUUGGAUUGCUUAAUACGAUGGCGUGGAAAGAAGUCACAGAAUCAAUCCAAAAUCCAAGAAGUUGAUGACAGUUUCUUUGAGAAAUUUGGUUCCAUAUUAAAACAAGUGUCACAGAAAGCUGCUUUGGAAGAAUCAACUCCGCUUGCACCUUUAAAAGAGGCUGAAGAGCAGGAUGGUGAACAGAAAGUAAUAGCAGAAGUAGGAGACAGUAGAAGUAUUACCAGAGAUUCAGACAGUGGCAAUGAAACACUUCUUGAUACAGAUUCGGAGCCAGAGGAUCCUGAGAAGUUAGAUUUUUAUGUUGAAGCUAUUGGAUGGAAUGUCGAUGAACUCUACUUGGAAGUGCUGUACGAAAUUUUACACAAUGUCGGCGGAUGUGACAUAGGCUGUGAAGUGGGGAGUCAAGUGAUGCUUUCAUAUGUCCAAGAGGCGUUCAAGAUCUCAAAUGAGAAACAUACAGAACUGUUAACCCAAGCUGAGGCCAAAGAGCCCCCGGAACUGAUGCUAAAUGUUGAAGUUAUCGAGGGGAAAGAUUUAGUUCCUAAAGACCCAAAUGGGUUAAGUGACCCCUUCGUGACAAUAUACCUCACAUCCAAUACAGCACAUAGAUAUAAUACAUCUGUUAAAGCAAGUACAUUAAAUCCUGUUUGGGAAGAACAUUUCUCACUGCCGAUGUCCGGAAAUGUUUACGAAGAUUCACUAGUCUUAGAAGUAUGGGACUUCGAUCCUGCGGAGACUGUGAAAGAAAAAAUGACGAAAAUAUUUGAGGUGAAGGGUGUAAAGGGUCUCAGAAAACUGAUGAAGGAAAUAGCGAUUACUGCGUCUACCGGCAAACAUGAUAAUGAGCUGAUUGGCACAUCCAAUAUACCACUUAAAUCAAUACCAGCGGGAGGUAUGAUAAUGUGGUUGAACCUUAGCAAGAAGAAUAAAGUACGGAGACAGGGAGUUGUGAAAGUACGGUUCAAUUUCUCAUCGGAAAAGAAUUCUCAAGUUGCUGCGCAGGAACAUCGUCAUUUGCUAAGGAUUUUAUUGCUACACGAAUUGGAAAGCUCGAAGGUAGCGCCAUUUUGGUGGUGCGGCAACUUUAGUGCGCCAGCUGAAGGCAUUUUAACUCAGCAUGCGGCACAAAGUGGAUUGACCCAAAAUGAUAACCUGCUAGCACAGUGGUUAGUGUUCUGUGCGGUCACCGUGGAUCAUCCACUCAGUUUUGCGCUCUUCAAUAUCAUAUUGGAAAAAAUAACCAAACCUCUGCAGUCGGGUCUGGUAAACGAAGAAGACGUCAAACUUUUCUGGGACGGUACGAAGAAACUACUACCAACCUGUUACGGCCAUAUUAGAAAAUUAAGAAAGAAGACAGCAGGCGACAAAACUGUCAUGAAAACACUUCGUGAAGUCCUACGAAUUCUGUACAAAUUGUCAUCAUUGGACAUUCCAGAAACAAUAGAGUUGUUCCCCACAAACCUUUACGGUUGGCUAAAGGAGAAUGCAGAUGGGAGUAAAUUGUCAAUGUAUGACGUUUUGAAUCAAGCGGUGGUUCAAGGGGCAGCCGAUUGGUUCGUCCAUAUUCUUGAUAAUAACGAGUGCAAGGAUAAAACGGAAGACUCAAGGCUGCAGCAUUUGAUUCGAGUUAUUCAAUUAGUCCGGUCCGACUUACAACGUGCCGUUGAGUAUUUCGACAGAGUUUUUGUUGAAGUAAUGAGUUUUCCAUAUUCCAAAGCACUUUACGGCGUAUACGAAGAUAAAAUCGCGUCUCUGGUUGAGCCCGAGGUGAUGCAAGUGUGUAAGAGUUUAAAGCGUUUGAGGUACAGCGAGGGGUCGAAUAACAGUGUGUAUUUGGCCGGCGGAUUAAAUGGAGAUACAGGGCUUGGCACUCCUGAUGUUGGAUCUGAACCUUUGGCUAUGGGAACUACUUUAUUCGAAUUAUAUUUGGCUUUACAGAGGUUUUUGACACUUGGCCAAGGCCUGAACGAAACAGAGUGGCAAUCCUAUUCAAUAUCUAAAUUCCACUCGUGGUUUUUCGGCGGCGUGGCUCAGUGGUUAGACAUCGCAGCUUUCAAAGCACUUACACGCAUCGAAAAAGCUGUGGAAUUAGACAAUUUGGUGCCUGUAGAUGGAAAUGUCAAAUAUAGUAGUUCUGGAGUAGAUACGUUGGCUAUCUUCUACCAGAUCAAAAUAUUCUGGCAACAGCUGGCCUGGCCUGAUGUGGAAGGAUGUUAUACAUUUGUGGCCAAAAUUAUUGAUGACAUUUGUCGGUGUUGCGUAUUUUAUUCUGACAAAAUGGCAACCCGCGUUGAAAGCGUGGGUACGAUUAGCACAGUAUAUGAAGAGCGAUUUGAAGUAACCACAGAGUGGUGUGUUGCCAUAAAUAAUAUAGACUAUGUGAGGCAAAGUCUCACUCCGUUUGUUGAGGAAUUGGGAAUGGAUGAGAUAAUCCAGAAAAUGUGCGAAGCUCGAUCGCCGCUGGAAGCGCAGAGGUGUAGAGACACCCUGCAUAAUGUUAUAGCGAAUGCAAUAGAUACUGUCAAAAAUAAAAUUGUCGAACUCCUUGAAGUCAUGAUUAAGAAGAUGAUGCCCUCAAUUACCCGUUUCCUAAUGGAAGGUGCUGAACUCCUUCACCAGGACUGCUCCAGCAUGGACCGUGUCAUGCGAUACCUCGAAGCCAACCUCGAUACGUUAUACCAGCACUUAAAUAAUGAGAACUUCUCACGAACCCUUGAUAUAGUAUGGGAACAACUAGGAGAGGUCUUAUACGAAUUGAUACAGGCUAAUUUGGAGCACCGCGGGGCAAAGAUAACACGGUAUAUCAACCCGAGACGUCUGACUAAAUCGGCAGCUGCCAACUUAGACUCGAAACGUCGACCACCCGCGUUCUUUUCGAAUCUCCACGAAUGUCUCAAAAUAAUGGUCCGAUCGUUCCGGCAAGAUAACAAGGAGAUCUAUACCUCUGAUACCUUGAAGCGAGUGGAAUAUUUACUCAAGUUACACGGCAUGGAGACCCGGGAACUGAUCCACCAGUACCAUUUGGAAAGAUGGCAGGAGCAACAGACCGUUAGUGAGCCAAAGAUGGGAAUGUUGACCGUGCGAGCGCAAUUCAUUGAUAACAAUCUCAAGAUCGAGAUCAUGAAUGCCAGGAAUUUGAUGGCCGCGGAUUCUAACGGUUUGUGUGAUUCGUAUGUUCGAGUUGCGUUAUUACCAGAGGAUACAUUUGUAAAUGUUGAAAAGCCAAAGACACAAACACAUAAUAAGAAUCUGUUCCCGUUGUAUGACGAAAUGUUCGUUAUCCCCCUUUCGCCAGAGCAGCGUAACACACAGGACGGUCUGUUACACUUCGUAAUAAAGGAUAAAGACAUGUUCAGUGUUAGCAAUACGUUCGUUGGCGAGGCGUACGUACACUUCAGUGAAGUGCCCGAUACGCCUGCCCCAAUAUCCAGCCUCCAACAACAACAUUUGCCGCUUUCGAGACCCAGUAAUAUUGACGGUGACGCCAUCAAGGCCCUGGAGUCGAGACAAGGAGACAAACAAGCACGCGAGUUCAUAAAGAAACAAAGACAGAAAAUGCCAAGUAAACAGUUUUUCUCAUUAGGUUGAGUUCACAACGCACAAUUUGUAAGAUGUUUUUGUACAUAUCGUAUGUAGCUGUGUUUAUACAAGUACGUAUACGGACGUUGAGUACACGUAUACUUAUACGUACGUACGUACCUUUACGAUUGAUCUGAAGUUUACCAGCUAUGCCCGGACAAUAAAAUACUUGCCUAAUUUGCCUAAUGUAAUGAUUUUAUGUGUUGGAAAAAAAUCCCAACCAUUUUGUAUAUUACAAAUAAUAAAGCUUUCUUAAUACAUUUAUGAAAACUUAAUUCAUUGCUUGUAAAAUUGAAUUAAAACUUUUGUACAAUUAUAAUAAAAGAUAAAUUCCUUGCAUAACGAAGGUGCUCCUAACUGUAAGAGAUUAACUAGACGUAAUUUAGUAUUAAUUUUCUCGCAAUAAAAUCAUAAUCAUUAAUUUAUAGGAUCAUUCAUAUCGUGUAGAAACACGUAGACUGAUAGAUCAUAUUUUAUUAUUGAGAUAAAAGUAAAGUUGAUUUCGUAAAAGUACUGUAGGGUCAGAAAUUAAUAAAUGGUUGAAUCGUGAAACUUAAAGAAAUGAAAUCAUAUCAGCAAUAUUUUCUUUGACUGGGAUUUUUUUUUACAAUAAAAUGGUUGAAUACUCCCAGAUUAUUCGAAUAUUAUUAAGUUCAAUUUGUUUUAAUUUACUUUUUAUAUAAUACAUUGAGUAUGUAUGAAGGACAAAUCUUAUGAAUCUCAUAUGGUAUGUUCUAGUGAAUACCGAAUCAGAUCGGAUUUUAAAAUUGUUAAUUUUCCUUUUAUAUGCAUUUUCUAUGUCUCAUUGUAAUAAUCGUAAGUCGUGAUGUAUUAAAAAAAUAAUAAUAAUAAGUUACAUUAAGGCUUUGGGUAACAACUCGUGUCAACACCAAGAAAAACGUUUAAUAUCCAUAUAAAAUAGUACUAUAAUACUAUUUAAGAUUUAAUACACAAGCUGCGUCUGAUAAUACUAGUCAGAUUGAAUUGAGAUUAUUUAAUGAAACUUACUUAUAACUGUUUAAAUCUCCUACUCGUUCGUUUUAUAUAAAAUUUCUGGAAUAUCCCCAAAGCCUUAUUGUGUGAGAAAAUGUAAUAUGUAGUUGAUGUUCUGUGAUAAAUGAGCGUGCCUUAUAUUUAUUUGUAAUAAAAAAAUCUGAAAAUGAGCACGUUCGAUUUUUAAUUUUUGUUUAGAGUUUUAAAAUUUUAUCAUUUUAUUUCGAAUCUUAUGAAUAAUAUAUUUUCCGCAUUAUUUAUUCGUCUCAAUAAAGCUGUUUUAAAUGCAAA